AUGACGGUAUCUCUACGCACCUCACUCUCCAAUGUCCAGGACGCGACAAGCUUUUUGUUUGGGGGUCACAUUGGGCCACAAAGCAAAAAGUCACUGGACAAACAUGUACGACAGAUCGUAGACGGUCCUAACAGAGAAUGGAUUCUCGAGGCCUUGGCAGACCUGCCACGGUAUUGGGAUGCCAUGGCCGAGAAGAUGCCUGAAGUGGCUGGCACAAUGCAGGGUGCCACUCUGCUUGCUGAGAUUGACUCCUGGUUUCGACAUGGUCCUGACUCUGUUAGCUCGCUGGACCCCGACAAAGAAAUCCCCGACCUUUGGAUCGGCAUUCUCAUGGUUGCCAUCCAGCUGGACCAGUACUGGCGCUACCUGGAAUUUCGAUUCAGCGGUGCGACCGGUCUCGACGGGAAGGAUCUGCAAGCAGAGCUGGUGAAGCAGCAGCGGCAGCAGGAAGAGGAGUCUCGGCUGGAAGGAGCCAACAAGGCUGAGACUGCGGGAUUCUGCGCCGACAUGAUCGCGGCAGUGGCAGUCGCCAGCUCGCAUGAUCGUGCAGAGUUCCAGAAGUACGGUGCCACGGCUCUGCGGAUCGGUGCCUUGAUGGCCGCUCUGGUAGGGGCUACAGAAGCAUGGACGAAGGAGUCCGGGAAGGGGGGAUCUGUGUCGCUGGCGACGGCGUGGCGAACGCGCAGACAGGGCGAAGACAUGGCGCACAUUGUGUCCAAGGCAUUCCCCGACGCCUAUGUCUCGGUCCUGUUUGACGAGUGCCGGUCUACGGUGACGGCAUCUGAGCGUCUAGCCCCCAAGCUGGCGCGUCAGCUCCGGGCAGCCGGCAUCACGGCCGUGCCGCUGGCGUUUCGAGGCCAGCUGCACACGCCGACGGCAGAGCGCGAACGUUUGACGGAAACGCUGAUUGAGGUGUGCCACGCACUGCCGGGUCUACAGUUUCCCGAUGCCGCGCUGCUGGCCUUGCCCACAUACCUCGACCAGCCAGACGGAAAGCCGGUCUCGGGCGAGGAGGUCGACCUGGUCGGCAUGGUUCUUCGAUCGAUCCUGACCCGGCAGCUGAACUGGACCAGCACCGUUUCGGGGCUGGCAGCCAAGCACGAACACGCUUCCCUCAUCGCCUUUGGCCUGGACCGGCCGCUGCCACCGACUCUUCUGCGCACGUUUGGACCGAAGCAAGUCCAUUUCGAAGAAGUCGGAGCGGAGAUGCCUCACCGUGCCGAGGUGACGGUUAAACGGGGAGGGUCUGACGACAGCUUUGACGACAGCUUUGACGACGGCUUCGACGACGUGGUGGCUGUCGUGGGCAUGUCCAUCCAAGUGGCAGGUGCACGUGACCUGAACGAGUUUGAGGCGAUGCUGAAGACGGGCGAGUCGCAGCAUGAGAUCAUCACGCCGGAGCGCAUGACAUCCGACAUGUUGUUCCGUCCCAAGACAGACGCUGACCGAAAAUGGUAUGGCAACUUCAUGCACGAUGCCGACGCGUUCGACCACACGUUCUUCCGGAAGAGCCCACGCGAGUCGAUGGCGAUCGAUCCGCAGGGCCGACUCUCGCUGGAGGCGACAUACCAUGCCCUCGCGCAGUCUGGCUACUUCAAUGAGCUGUCUACGGCUGAUGCGGCCUGGCAGGAGCGGUACCGAAGGAUUGGCGUCUAUGUCGGGCUGUGCUCGUACGAAUACGACGUCAACAUCCACUGCCAUCCCACCAGUGCCUUUACGGGAACCGGAGAGCUGCGCAGCUUCAUCCCCGGACGGGUGUCGCAUUACUUUGGCUGGACGGGACCGUCUCGGACCUUUGACACGGCCUGCUCGUCCUCGACCACCGCUCUUCACACGGCCUGUCGGGACGUGCUGUCCGACGAGGUGCCGGCUGCCAUCUGCUGCGGCGUGAAUGUGCUGACUAAUCUGCAAUGGACACAGAACCUGGCCGCCGGCAGCUUCAUCAGCCCGACGGGCCAGUGCAAGCCUUUUGACGCGGACGCGGACGGCUACUGUCGCGGCGAUGGUAUUGCCUACGUCUUCCUCAAGAAGCUGUCGACGGCCGUGGCGGACGGCAACACGAUCCUGGGCACGAUUCGAGGCACCGGCAUCAACCAGAAUCUCAACUCGACGCCGCUGUUUGUGCCCAACGUGCCGUCCUUGUCGACGCUCUUCCAUGACGUGAUGCGGAAAGCGCGCGUGGAUCCGGGCCACGUCUCCCUGGUCGAGUGUCACGGCACAGGCACGCCCGUCGGCGAUCCUGCCGACACUGUCCUGCCCAUCGGCUCUGUCAAGGGCCACAUCGGCCACACGGAAGGCGCGUCCGGCCUGGUGGCCCUGAUCAAGGUGCUCCUGAUGAUGCGGCACAGCUUCAUCCCGCCACAGGCCAGCUUCCAGACGAUGAACCCCUAUAUCCAGGCAGAGCCGUCCGACAAGAUGGAAGUGGCCACGUCGCUGCGGCACUGGCCAGGCGACAAGAAGGUGGCGCUGAUCAACAACUAUGGAGCCUGUGGCUCCAACUCGAGCGUGGUCGUAGCCCACCUGGCUUCUGAACGGUCGAAAAAGCAGACGGCCUCGUCCUCAUCUUCGUCACCUCGACUGCCCUUUUGGAUCACCGGCCUCGACAUCCGCAUAUCGCCGCCUACAGUGCUGUACUGGUCGAAUCCUGCUCUGCCGCAAGGACUCAUCUUCAGCUGCCGUUCCCUGGACGAGCUGCAGGAAAGGCUGGCUAGAGCAGCUACGGCGACCAAGGAGACGGCAGCGAGCGCGGACAUUGCGCCAGUCCCGGCGGAGAGACCGGUGAUCCUGUGCUUUGGGGGCCAGGUUUCGACCUCUGUCGGUCUCGACCGUGCCGUCUACGAAGAGGCUGCCGUGUUCCGGUACCACCUCGACGCGUGUGAUGCGGCCAUCCGGGAGAAUCACGGCCUAGACAGCAUCUACCCAGACAUCUUCUCGAGUGAGCCAUACGGGGACGUCGUCAAGCUGCAGACGGCUCUCUUUGCGGUGCAGUAUGCCUCGGCCAAGAGCUGGCUCGACUGUGGACUUGCCGGCAAGGUCGUGGCUGUUGUCGGCCACAACUUUGGCGAGAUCACAGCUCUUUGUGUGGCCGGUGUUCUGAGCCUCAAGGACACCGUCCGACUGGUUGUGGCCCGGGCACAGCUCGUGCAGAGUGCCUGGGGACCCGACACCGGCGCCAUGAUGGCCAUCGAGGCCGACGAAGCACAGGUGCACGACGUGCUCCAGAAAGCCAACACGGACUCGACCUCUGCCACAUCGGCUGCCAUUGCCUGCUACAACGGGCCGCGCAGCUUCACGAUCGCCGGAUCGACUGAGGCCAUCGACGUAUUCGCCGGACAGCUCGACCGAGACGGACGCGGGCUCAAGAACAAGCGUCUCAACGUGACCAAUGCCUUCCACUCGGCCCUGGUGGAGGAUCGUCUCAUCAAGCGCCUCGACGAAGUCGGCAGAAAGCUGACCUUCCACCAGGCCGCCAUUCCCAUUGAGCGGGCCACCGAGCAUGGCAAUGACAGCCAGCCGGACUGCACCUUUGCCGGCGCCCACAUGCGACAGCCCGUCUUCUUCCGCCACGCUGUGCAGCGGCUUGCCCAGAAACACCCGCAGGCCAUCUUCCUCGAGGCCGGCUCCAACUCGACAAUCGCUGUCAUGGCUUCGCGAGCCCUCGAUCCAUCGACAUCGACGUCGGAUGCACACCACUUCCAGUCGAUCGCCAUCACCAAUACGAAAAAGGGCGUCGACCGGCUCACAGAGGCCAUCGUCGAGCUCUGGAAGCAGGGCCUGCGCGUAUCCUUUUGGCCGCACCACCGCAUGCAGACAAGCGAAUACGGGCCGUUGCUGCUGCUGCCGCCAUACCAGUUUGAAAAGUCGCGCCACUGGCUCGAACUCAAGUCGCCCAUCGAGCAAGCCCUCCAGGUGGUCGCACAGGUCGAUGGAGGAAGAAAACACGUCGGGGCCGUCGACCCCAAAACGCUUCCUCUCUGGACCUUUCUCGGCUUCCAGGACGACAAGAAGACAAAGAAGACAAAGACAAAGCUGGCUCGGUUCCGCAUCAACACGGCCUCGGACACGUACCAGCGCCUCUUCUCGACGCAUGUCAUCGCCAAGACCGCACCCAUUGCCCCUGCCACCCUGGAGAUCGACCUGGCCAUCGAGACGCUCUUCAGCCUACAACCAGACUGGCGCGCCAACACAUUUUCGCCCGUCGUCCGUGACAUGGUCAGCCAUUCGCCCAUCUGUGCCGACCCGACGCGCGACUACUACAUCGACCUCGAGCAGCUCGACCAUGCCGGCACAGACUGGCACUGGACCAUCCACAGCAUCGGCACGUCCUCUUCCGACGACAACAAGCAUGCCGACGGCCUCAUCCACAUGUAUGCAUCUUCCGAUCCGGCACUGCUUCGUGAAUUCGGCCGCUUCGAGCGUCUCGUCAGCCAUGCCCAGUGUGAGGCCGUUCUGGCCUGGGGACCGGCCGACGAAGGCGUCGAGGCCAUCCAGGGCCUCCGCAAUGUGUACCGGGCCUUUGACGAAGUGGUCGACUUUGGGCCUGUCUACCGUGGCGUGCACUACAUCGUCGGCCGCGGCAACGGUGAGAGUGCCGAGAGUGCCGGGGUCGUCCAGAGACGCCACGCCGGCAAUACCUGGCUGGACGUGCCCCAAGCCGACGCGUAUGGUCAAGUGGCCGGCAUGUAUGUCAACCUGCUGACCGAUAUCCCGGCCAGCGACAUGUUUGUCGCCACCGGGCUCGAGCUGGUCAUGCGCUCACCCGACGUGCAGCCGGCCACAGAUGGCGACGAAAACGGCCCGGGUCUCUGGCAUGUGCUGGCUCGUCACUCCCGACAGGCCGAAGGGAAGACGUACACAACCGACAUCUUCGUCUUUGAUGCCUCCACCGGUGCCCUGGCCGAGGUCAUCUUGGGCCUGGUCUACGUCCGUGUUCCCAAGGCCACGAUGAGCAAGGUUCUGCAGCGGGUCACAGUCGACAAGUCGUUUGUGCGAGAAACCCGAUUUUCUUCCAUCGUCGGGGCUACAGCGACAACAUCGCCACCGGUCAGUCGUCCAAAGAAGACAGCAAAGCGAAACAAGACAAAGUCUGGCCCGCGCGAUAUCACAGACGAGGUCUGCGCUGUCGUGGCCGACGUCUCCGGCAUCGCGGUCAGCGAUAUGACUCUCGACAGUGAGAUGGGCGACCUCGGCAUUGAUUCUCUGAUGGGCAUGGAGUUGGCGCGCGAGAUCGAAAACACCUUUCACUGCACGCUCGACCGUGCCGAAACGGUCAUGGUCACCUGUCUUGGCCAAUUUGUCACCUGUGUAUCAAAUGCUCUGGUGAAGGCUGGAAUGGAAGAGGGCGAAGAGAAGGACGAAGACGACGACGACGACGACGAUGACAAUGCCGGCAGCAACACGUCAACCGAUGCAGACUCUGGUGGCGAAUACACAACAGAUACAGCUUCGGGUAGCACGACUCCGGUGGACGACUCGGGCCUGGUAAGUGGAUCACCUACUCCUGGCUCCCUCCCAGUCCCAGUCCCACCGGCAAAAGUGAUUGACAGAGGCGAUGUGGCAGCCCGCGAAGCGGAAGCACUACGACUAGUCGCAACGUUCACCGAUGGCUGGGAGUCUCCCGCACUUGCUGCUGCGGAGAGUGCUACGGUCCGUUCUGGCAGCCGUGGAGCUGUCGUGGUCGUCACCGGUGCGUCUGGAAGCCUCGGAUCGCACAUUGUUCAGGCUGUCGCCGAGAGACCCGAUGUUGCCACCGUUGUUUGUAUCAACCGUCCUGUGAGCUCUGUGUCGGCCGAAAAGCGUCAAGAAGAGGCAUUUUCUUCCAGAGGCAUCCAUCUGUCGGCUGCUGCACGCCACAAGAUCCGCGUCUAUGGCACUGAUGCCUCCAAGCGACAGCUCGGCCUGUCCGACCACGAGUACGGCUGGCUGGCCCGACACGGCACCCACAUUGUCCACAACGCUUGGCCCAUGAGCGCGACGCGGCCCCUCAGCGCCUUCGCUCCCCAGCUCCAGACCAUGCGCAACCUGCUGGACCUGGCCCGGGAUAUGGCCACCGGCCUCGAGCCGCGCCGGAUCGGCUUCCAGUUCAUCUCCUCCAUCGGCGUGACCGGCUUCGCGGCUGCGUCCCCUGUGCUGGAACAGGCGAUGCCGAUGGAUGCCGUGAUGCCGAGCGGCUACAACGAGGGCAAGUGGGCCUGCGAACGCAUGCUCACGGUCACGCUGCGUCGCCACCCGACACUCUUUCGGGCCAUGGUGGCACGGCCAGGCCAGAUUUCCGGCUCGACCGUGAGCGGCUUCUGGAAUCCGGUAGAGCAUCUGGCGUUUCUCCUCAAGAGCGCGCACACUCUCGGAGCAUUGCCCGAUCUGCGCGGCGUUCUGCACUGGCUGCCCGUCGACCGGUCCGCUCACGUCAUGGUCGACCUGCUCAACAUCGACAACCGGGCCGAUGCCACAGAGGCGUAUCCGGUGUACCACGUGGACAACCCUGUCGGCCAGCCCUGGAAAGACGUGCUGGCGGUCCUGGCAGAUGCUCUGGGUGUCCCUCGCGAUGGCAUCGUUCCCUUUUCCACAUGGAUCCAGCGGGUUCGCCAAUCGUCGCUGUCCACGUCGGAAAAUCCAGCCAUGUUCGUACUCGGCUUCUUGGAGGGUCAUUUUGAGCGCAUGGCUUGCGGUGGCAUUGUUUUGGACACACAACGAUCGAGCGAGCACUCCAAAACCAUGGCUACAGAGGGUCCGGUGCAGGCUGAGGUGGUGCGGUCUGUGGAGCACGAGAGCCGGGGCGAUCGACAGUUCGUAACCAGUGCCGAGUACGCGUCAGAGACGUCCAAGCUCAAGGUGACGCGGCUGGCACACUAUCAACAAGCCGAUACGAUGAAGAUCCCACGCUCUGCUCUGCUGCUCGGUGCUGGUGCCGUUGGUGUCAUCGCCGACGUGCACGAGCUGAUUGUCGGCACCUUUGGAACCGACUCGCUGUACACGCUCGUCUUUGACGAUGUCUCGCUGGCUCUCCAUCUUACCGGCAACACGACAACGACCGGCGCCAGCUCCUGGAUUGCUCUCAGCCACGACAAGAAGCAUCUCUACGGCACGUCGUUCACGUCGUCGUCGCCAGCCUUUAUCAGCUACUCGCUUGCCGGAGCCACCAACAUCACGCUCGACACGACCGUCGACGCCGGCGGCAACUGCACGGGCAAGGCCAUCUACGUCGUCGCGGCCGAGCGGGCGCCCUACAGCGUGUACGGCUCCUUUUUCGGCGGCAGCGCUGGCUGUGGAGCGGUGCUGUCGGUUGACGAGGACGGCGCGCUCGCGGCGGCCGUGCAGAACUUCACGUACGCCAGCGGCUCCGGCGUGCACGGGCUGGCGUUGGCGCCGUCGGGGCCGUUCCUGUACUCGGCCGACGACAGCGGCAACCAGAUCUGGACGCACCACAUCGACAACAGCACGGGCGCGGUGUCUGUCGUGGGCCACCUGAGCAGCCCGGCGACUGGAUCUGAUCCGCGUCACGUGACUGUCCAUCCCAGUGGCCAGUACCUGUAUGUAGUGCUGGAGGGGACCAGCAAGGUGGCCGUGUAUGCGCUGGACGGGACAACGGGCCUGCCGACGGCGACGAACGUGACGUACUUGCUGCUGCCAUCAGGCGAAGACGCGGCCGACUAUUGGGCCGACGAGGUGGCGCUGUCGACCAGCAGCCGGUACCUGUGGGCGAGCAACCGGGCGCGGUCCAGCGACAGCACCGGCUACCUCUCGGCUUUCCGGCUGAGCGCGGGAGGAACGGUGCAGUCGCAGCUCUUCCUCGUGCCGACAACGAGCAGCGGCGGGGCGGCCAACAGCGUGGCGCCCAGCGGGUUCUCCGACCGGUUCGUCGCGCUGACAGACAGCUCGGCAGGCUUUGUGGAGAUCUGGGAGAUGGCGGCAAAUGGGACGACGGCGAGUCCGGUCGCGCACAUCGACCUGGCCGACGGGGGGUGUUGUGCGAACGCGUGCGUGCACUGGCUUUAG